UAAACCGUGCAUCAUGAUGGACGUGCUAAGUGCGCUCGCCGAACGUGUCGAUAUUGUCGACGAUACGACUUCCUCGGCCGAUCUAGUCGACCGGCUUGUAUCACUAGGACCACGGGAGGAACCACUUCACCUGGUUGAGCUGGAUACGGUGGUUAAACGGCACUACGACUGGUUGCGCCAUCUGCCGAGGGUACGACCAUUCUACGCCAUCAAAAGCAACGAUGAAGCUCCGAUCGUGGAAACUACCAUUCUACUGGACUGCGGGUUUGAUUGUGCUUCGAAGGCGGAGGUACAACGUAUGCUGGAAUUCGGAGUAGCUCCCGAGCGGAUCAUUUUCGCCCAACCAAUUAAGACUAUCGAAUCGUUGGAGUUUGCCAGGGAAAACAAAAUCCGUACCGUUUUCGACAACGAGGCGGAGCUUCGAAAGAUUCAGCAGUACUAUCCUGGAGCAGAGGUGUUGAUAAGGUAUCGAUUUGAUUCUCGUCAGGCAAAGAUACAACUUGGUGUCAAAUUUGGCUGUAAUCCAGACAAGGAAGCCAACGAUCUGCUGGACCUAGCCAAGGAACUCGGAAUCAACGUAAUCGGGUGGUGCUUUAACGUUGGAUCCGGCUGUUCGGAUGUAGAAAUUUUUUACGAAGCUAUACAGGCAGGUCGCAGAAUUACCGACUAUGCCAGCUCGAUUGGUUUCAACUUCUGGUUUAUCGAUCUGGGAGGAGGAUUCAACGGGAACAAAAGUACUGACAUCGGGUCGUACGCGGUUCACAUAAACCGAGCACUGGAUGAGUUCUUUCCCGAGGAUCAGAAAUGGUUCGUGAUUGCGGAACCGGGCAGAUUCUAUUGUGCUGCGGCUCAUACUGCCGUUAUUCCUGUCCACGGCAAGAGGGUAUUUCGAAAUUUGAACAACCCAUCGCAAGUAGAGAAAAUCUUUUAUUAUUUUAAUGAUGGAAUGUAUGGGACGUUUUACAGUGCAAAGUAUCGUAAUAUGCCUGUUAAACCGAUAGUUUGGAAAAACCGCGCCGAUUGCGGGCCGGAAUACUCAACAUUCCUGUACGGACCUACCUGUGAUGGAAGUGAUUGUUUCGCGCAAAAUAUUCUCCUACCGGAAUUGCAAAUUUCUGAUUUUUUGGUAUUCGAAAAUCAAGGCGCAUACUCGAAAGUAAACGCUUGUCGAUUUAAUGGAUUUUGUUUUCCAAAAUCCGUAGUUUUUGUGCGACGUAGCAUAUGGAAGCUUCUGGAAAAAACCGCAACAUCCAAAACUCCAAACGAAAUCGUCCUAGCGUCACAAUUCUUGCAGAAUACUUAUCAACUAGGAGCUUUAGAAUAUCGCUAAUCUAUGCAAUUUACAGUUUUCAAUUAACCAAUUAGAAGAUGAUUCUUACCAAUACAAGGAGUAUUUACCGAAAG